ACUUAGGCGAUGACUUGAUCUCAGUCAUGAGAAAGAGUUCUUCAACAACAACGUGACACACAAGUUGUCAUUUACUGUAACAUUAGCAGCAGGAAGAACAACAACGAGAGCAACAUUUCUUGUUCGCAGAUUACUCAUGGCUAUAAUUAUAUGAAUUACAUCAAUUAAUUAACACAACUCACUUCUGCAAUAACGACUUUUUUUUUUAUCCCAGUACAAAAUGUUUGGAAAAGAACCACAUCCUUCGGCCCUCGAUAUAUAAUAACUGUUUACUUUUAAAUCUAAAAAAAAGGUGGAAAAAGAAAAAGAAGAUAAAGGAAAACAAAACGAAAACAUUGACAAACUUUGAUUGCAUUCUCUCUACUUAUAUUCUAUCUAUAUACUCAGAGAGAAAGAGAUGCGUAAAUAUACAUAGUUAUAUAUAAUACUAAGCCUAUAUAUAUAUAUAUAUAUACAUACGUACUUGUUUUUAAGUGUCAAAUCAACGAAGAAAAACAACAUGAAGGUAGAAAUAUUAAAAGUUAUUCUACUUAUUGCCCUCUUCGUAGUCACCGUGGUAUGUGGUUUUCUUCCUGUCAAACUGGUUUCCUACUCCCAACGACAAACGGCCCAGGGUGGUACUACACGGCAGUCCAAUCGGAAGCGUUAUAAACACGUCUUCAGUUGCCUGAGUUGUUUCUCUGCUGGUGUUUUCCUUGCAACGUGCCUCCUCGACUUGUUUCCAGAUGUCCGCCAAAACCUUUCCGAUGUCCUCGUUCUCUAUGAGGUCCACACAGGAUUUCCAGUGCCUGAAUUUGUUAUGGUUUUUGGUCUCUUCAUCAUUCUCAUCACAGAACAAAUUGUCUUGGAGUUCAAAGAAAAACAUCUUGAGCAAGCAGACACUGACAAAAAGCCCCUACUUCACCAAGCUAAACGGAAACAGAUCGAAGAGGAUGCUUUAUCAUUCAAAAGUGACUUAACAAUCAGUGGCAUCGAAGAUGAUGUCUCAAGGUUUAGAGAAUACCAAACACAGGUUUCAACUUCUGAUAUUGAAGACAGUUUUUCUGACAGUGUUUCAGAAGACUCUCACUAUCACCAGCACCACCAACACAACCACAACUAUCACGACCAUAACACAUCGAAAGGACAUUCCCAGUCUGUUUUACGUUCCAUUCUUCUGACUGUUGCCCUCUCUUUGCACUCCAUCUUUGAAGGUCUAGCAAUUGGUUUGGCACGAAAAGAGACUAACAUUUUAACAAUCACAAGUGCAAUCAUUCUGCACAAGUGCACCCUCAGCCUCAGUUUGGGCAUCAACUUGAGUCAUAGCAAACUGCAUUACGGCAGUAUUAUCCGAUCCUUAUUAUUCUUUUCCCUUGCAGCCCCUAUUGGCAUUGGUAUUGGGAUUCUGAUAAUUGAUUUAUGGGAUUCUUUAACCUCAAGCCUCAUCCAAGGCUUGCUUCAGGGCAUUGCCUGUGGGACCUUUCUUUAUAUCACAUUCUUCGAGAUCUUCCCGAGUGAGUUCAAUAACAACAAAGGUAGACGGCUUUGUAAAGUACUUUUUGUUUUGUUUGGUUUCAGUGUUGUUUGUAUCAUAAUGUUCCUCAAUGCUGAACCAGCAACUCCAAUUGAUCCCUGUUCUGAUAGAAGAUCACCCCCCUGACAAUUUGACCAGAACAGCUAUGGCACUAACCCUGGAUCAGAUUACAGUACUGCCUAUAUAUA